AUCCGAAUUGUAAGCUCUCCUCUCUCUAACACGGUCGGAUCCAAUGGAGCCACCACUGGUGGAGUUUCUUCCCUAACCUCUCCAGCAUCGGACGCUCUUCUCCAUCGAUUCACCUACAGCUUGAAUGAUGAACGACAAUUUGUCAGUAUACCCGCACAACAAAUUCUCGAUUAA